AUCUUACGCAAUGCUCCAAGCGCAAGGUUUCCUUCAUUAAGCAGCUCGUAUUGUAGAAGUUAUCUGACGCCAUCAGUUGCGUUUACACAAGACCCUGCUAAAAGAUGGAUGAUGAUGACUUUGGAGGAUUUGAGGCAGCAGAGAGUUACGAGUUUGGAAAUGGUGAAAAGCAGACCACAUCACCUGCUAUUGCUUGGGCAGCAUUUCCAACAGUACCUGAAGUCCAUAGAUCUCCUGAUAUUCUCCUGGAGCACUCUGUGCCUUCUUCCUGCCUGGUUCCUUCUGACUCCUUCAUUUUAUCAAGUGAUAAUGUGGCAACAGCUAUUCAAACAGGCAAGAGUGUGAUAAAUCCAGCUGUUCCUGAAGAACAGAUUCAAGCAGAUAUUCCAGUUGUCUCUUCAAAUGUAAUUGAAGACAAGACUUUAGCUGAUGUUGAGAUAAAGAGAACAAAUGAACCCAAGAGCUGCCUUCAACAAGCGGUUGCAAACCUCGAAAUCAAGCUUUGCAGUGCUGAGAAAGAAAAACUAAAAAUCAAACAGGAAUUGGAAUAUUUGCUGGAAAAACAUAAUGUGCUAGAAAUUGAUUUCUUGAAGGAAAAAAAAGAAAAAGUGCUUCCACAUCAAGAUCAUUACAAGACACUCCAGGAAAUGCAUAAGCAGGAAUUAGAAGACAUGAGAAAAGCUGGACAUGAAGCCCUAACUAUUAUUGUUGAAGAAUUCAAGGCACUGCUACAAUCUACAGUUCAGCAGCAAGAAGCAGCUAUUGAAAAGCAGUAUAUAUUAACCAUUGAAAAGCAUUCUCACAAAUGUGAAGACCUCCUUGAUGCUCAGCAUCAGCGACUUCUCGACAUUUUAGAAGCAGAAAAGGAAGUGUUAUCACAAAAGAUAGAAGAAGCUAUGAUGCAGCAGUCACAAAAGCACAAGGAAGUGCUGGACAAAUGUUUGGAUGAAGAAAGACAGAGAAGCAAGGAGGCUCUGGCAGCUGCUGCAAAGGCUGAAAAUGAAGUAGUGCAGAAAGCUGUUCUGAAAGCAGUAAAGGAGGAGAGGAGAAAUAUGGAGAAGAUUUAUGCAGAAGAAAGAAAACUGUGGGAAGCAGAACGUGCUAGUCAUAGAGAGAAGAUUGCCCAGGCUGUUUCAGAAGCCAUGGAAGAGCAAAGAAAGCAGAAUCAGGAAAUUGUCAAGAAAGCAUUAAUGGAGGAGCAGAAACGAAGUGAAAAGGCAAUCGAAGAAGCAGUAAAAAGAACAAGAGAGGAACUGAUGGAAUAUAUUAAAGAGCAGAAGAGGCUUGAUGAAGUUGUCCGUCAGAGAAAUCUGCAUGGUUUGGAACUUUUCCUUUCAUGUGCACAGAAACAGUUAAAUGUUUUAUUAAAGGAAGAGUCAACCCCAGAGGAAAACAGAGACUGACAUUCUCAGUGGUGAUGAUACAGUGUGACUUGUGAAGUUGCAAAUCUCCAUCUAGCAAAUGAUGAAUAUAUUCCAAUCUUUUUGGAUUGUAUCAUUGAGUCAAGAUUGAUCUAAAAUGCUUGAUAGAAAUGUUUGUGGAUGAUGUUCUUCUAUUUAUUUAUUUAUUUCACUACUAUAAUCAGAUAGCAAAUAUGAGAGGGAAAAACAUCCUUGGAAAAUAAUUUGUUUUAUUUAGGAUUUUUAGGAUUUUGCUUUCAUUAUAUUUUCCAGUAGCCCAUGGUAGAAAUUCUAGAUAACUGCAGCAAUGAUGAAAACAUUUCUCUGUUGUGUCUUUUAAAUUUGUUAACAUGAUUCACCAUUAUUUUUGGUAUUUCAAAACAUGGAGACAAACGUUUAGUUGAUUAUAGAUACAAGUCCAUCUCUAUUUCCAAAGUAAUAUUCCAAGGCCAUUGCCUCAGGAGAGCCUGAGUAGCUUAUUAUUUCUUACUGCUUUGAUGUCUAACAGAAGAAUCAGUACUGAAACGUAAAAGUGUUGUCAGGCAUUUCUUAAGUAAUGUAUAAACAAAUCCAGCUCUAGGAACAUGAAAAUUUAAAAAUAAAACAUUUUUAAUUUAAAAAUAAAAAAGUGCAUCUCUUUAGAGUAGCACAAAACAUUGCCAUGACCAAUGUACAGUAUGUGUUUUAUUUCUUUCUUUUAUUCUACAGAGCUAAUUCAAUUCCAAAGUAAUUUUCUCAUAAAAUUAUGAUUAAUGUCACUGACCUCAGUUUCAGGAAGAUGUAUGUAAUUAUGUGGAGACUGAUACUGCACUGCCUCAGUGGAAUUUCUGACUUAAAGAAUAAGGAGUAGCUUGCUGACCUCACAUGCCCUUUCUAAGUGUAUCGAAGGAAGUAGAAAAACUCCCCACCAACAUUAUUGGACUUUGGGUCACUCAUAGGUCUUUUUAGUCUUGCCAACAGCAGAUGGAGUGGAAUUUCUGUGCCUACACUCCAUGGAUUGUAGAACUGGGGUCUUAGUCGUAGAAGAGCUCUGAAUGAAAUAAGGGAAAAUAAGUGUUCAUGCUUAGAUAUGUAAAUAAACUAAGAAUGAUCUCUCUUAUGGUGAGGUUAUGGGAAUUUUUUAAGUGUGGUUCCUGUUAUUCUGAGGUGUUUUGGGGUUUUUUUGUUUAGCAGAUUUUUUUUUAUCAGCACUUUUCAUAAAUUUCUUUCUUACAAUAAUAAGGAACACGAGAUGGUUGCAUAUGUAUUUGGCAGUAUGAAAUAUGUAUUGCAGAAAGUUAAAGUUUUUUUAUUUAAAUCUUUUUCUGUGCUUCAUUUUUGUAAUCAAACCCAAAGGUUUUGUCUUUUGUAUACACUAAGGUUCACUGAAGAAGUAAACAGUGCUGGUUUUACUAGAUGAUGGCCUUACCCUGCAAAUGGAUUAAAAUCCAGUCUUCUAUUUUAUACUUGAUUGACUGAUCAAUUUCCAUUUUUUCUGGCAGACAAGAAAAAUCUUUAGGGCUAACGACUUGUUGCCUACUCAUUUUCUGUUCCUAAAUCAGUGACAUUUUGUCUCUGUAACUGCACCAAAGAUGACACAGAUGCCCCCACGGGGUAUUUUUGGAUGUUGAGGUACUGUAAAAGGAGAUUGAUUGCAUUGUGCUUUCUCACAAUGUGUGCAUUUAAUUGUGGAAAUGUGGUAUGAACCAAUUCCUCAAUGAACUUGUUGGUUUUGUUCUAGGCCUGUACGUGAAACUAUAUUCCUUUUUUUAUGAAAGACAUCCAAGUGUUCCCCUUCAAAGCCAGAGCCUUAGAUGUCUGUCAGCCUUCUCCUAAUAAAGAGAUUUGUAUUCUGACUUGCAACACUAUUAAAAGCACUUUUCAGAGAAGUUUAUGAUUGGAGUCAGAAAGAUUUCACUGGCAACUGUGUUGUAUCUUUCCCAUUAGAUCAUAUGUUAUUCAGUUCAGCUAUUGAAUAUUGUGAUAGUCACAAAGAAAGAACUGUAUGUAUUUUUUUCUUACAUCUGACAGUUUUAGUCUUUUGAUCUUCCUCUCUACCCCACAAGCAAAAUUACAGACUGGACUACAGACAUGCAAGACCAGAUUGGGAGCUGGGGUUACAUUUAAAACUCCAAGUCUCAGAGAAGAAAUUUACUUAUACGGUAAAACCAGACCUAUUCAGUAGGUGAGCUUUGCAGCACACAGUAACUUCCACCUUCUAAAGCUUUAAAGCUUAGGGAUAUUUUUCAUUAUUUCUAUCUAACCAUAGGAGAGUACAGUUUGUGGAAAUCUGGGAGAAGGGACUCAUAGAUUUAUAGAGUGUCCUGCAUUAGAAGAGGCCUUAAAGAUAAUCCAGUUCCAACCCCCUGCCAUGGGCAGGGACACCUUCCACUAGCCCAGGUUGCUCCAAGCCCCAUCCAACCUGGCCUUGGACACUUCCAGGGAUGAGGCAGCCCCAGCUUCUCUGGGCAACCUUUACCAAGGCCUCACCACCCUCACAGAAAGGAAUUAUUUCCUAAUACACAAACUGAACCCACUCUGUUUCAGUUUAAAGCCAGGGACAAGUUUGCAAAAUCCAGUCUGUCUCCUAGAAGUUGACAUAACUUUUUUUUUUUAAAUUCUUUUUUUAUUCCUACAUAGACUGGAGAAUGACAUAAAAGAGAAAAUACCAUGUUGUAUGUCUGCAGGGUAGAACUUUAUCUGCCUCUGAGGGCUGGCUGGUAGCAUUAAAUUUUGGCAAGACUACUGAGAGAAGUAAGAAACCCUGGAACUAACCCUCAGAAUCAAAAUGCAAG